AUGCUGCAGCGGCCCAGUAACUACGACGUUCUAGCCUUGUGGGUGCUUUCAAGCCUGAGCAUGAUUGCCCUCACCACUGGCAGUGCUGUCUUGGCCAUGGGCAUCGUCAUCGGCGCAAAAUGGGCCCUCCUUGGCCGCGUCACUCGAGGCAGUCAAGACUGGGACCGAACCCCAUUUUGCCAGCGCAGGCAGCUGUUUUUGACUGUGGAAAGGCUUGUCUACCGCUGCUGUCGUGGCAAGGGGGUUCCAGGAAUGUUAUCGGGCACGCACUGGCUGGUCAUGUACUAUCGCGCUCUCGGUGCAACCGUCGGCAAAGACGUAGCGCUGUUCGCGAACGGAAAGCCGAAUCUGAUGUUCACGGAACCCGACUUGGUGACCAUUGGGGACCGCGUUGCAAUCGACGACGCCACGUUAGUCACGCACAAGGAUAUUCGAGGCAAGUUUGACUUAGCCGAAGUCAGGAUUGGCGACCGUUGCGUUCUUCGUUCGGGAAGCAGCAUUCUUAGUGGCGUGACCAUGGAACCUGGUAGUUGCCUCCUCGAGCACACGCUCAUCAUGCAAGACGAGGUUGUGCCAGCAGAUGCCACCAUGCAGGGCUGGCCGGCUGAGAGGUUUGACGGCAACAGAACUGAUCACAACGACGCGCCAGCUAUGGAGGAAUUCGAAGAACCAAAAAUGGCUGCUCAGUCCCGAAACAACUCGGAUGCCACACUCAUUGCUGGCCAGGAAUGGUAA